AUGGAACUUGAGGAACCCAUGUUGAAAAAGACUCUUGGUAACCAAAAGUUGGAAUGGAAUCUGCAAAUGAACACAAGCAGUCCUCAAGUUUCUGAUCAUGAUGCCGACAUCGGAUUGGAAUCGUUCAGGAUGCUUGAAAAUGAUGUCCCGAGUGGCCCUCCGGAGAUGAAACUAGCGUGGUUGCGGUCUCAAGUCAUCGGCAGUGAUGUGGAGUUCAAUACUCCUUUUGGAAAACGUCUGCUUACCUAUGCCGACUACACUGCCUCCGGCCGAUGUCUUCACUACAUUGAGAACUACAUCAUCAACAAUGUUCUUCCAAUUUAUGGGAAUAGUCAUACAAGUGACAGUUAUGUGGGGCACCAAACUACAACAAUGGUGCAUGAGGCAAGUAAGUAUGUCAAGUCUUGCUUAGGGGGAAAAGAUGAAGAUGCAAUCCUGUUUGUUGGCUCCGGCACAACGGCAGCCAUUAAACGGCUUCAAGAAGUUAUGGGAAUUGCUGUUGCAUCAACUAUGAAGAAUAGGGUGUUGAAUAGCCUAAGGGAUGAAGAAAGAUGGGUCGUUUUUGUUGGGCCAUAUGAACAUCACUCGAACCUUCUGUCGUGGCGCCAAAGCUUAGCAGAAGUUGUAGAGAUUGGUCUUGAUGAAAAUGGCUUAAUCAACAUUAAAGCUCUAACGCACCAACUCGAGUUAUACCAGCAGACAAAUCGUCCUAUGUUGGGUUCUUUCUCAGCUUGCAGUAAUGUCACCGGAAUUUAUACUGACACGCGUUCCCUUGCUUCACUUCUCCAUCAAUAUGGUGCUUUCGCAUGCUUUGAUUUUGCUGCAAGUGGUCCUUAUGUGGAGAUUGACAUGAGAUCUGGGGGAGUGGAUGGAUAUGAUGCAAUUUUUCUGAGUCCACAUAAGUUUGUUGGAGGACCCUGCACUCCUGGAAUUCUUCUAAUGAACAAGGUCCUCUAUCAAUUAGGAUCUUCACCACCUUCAACAUGUGGUGGAGGAACUGUGAGCUUUGUCAAUGGAUAUAGUGAAAAGGACACUGUAUAUUAUGAAGAUGUGGAAGAGAGAGAGGAUGCUGGAACGCCACCAAUUAUUCAGAAAAUGAGAACAGCAAUGGCUUUCUGGGUAAAACAAUACAUUGGCUGUGAAGUGAUUGAAAUGCAAGAGCACAAUUUCAUAGAAAGGGCACUUGACAGACUUUUUCCAAAUCCAAACAUAUGGAUACUAGGAAAUACUAGUGUAAAAAGGCAAGCUAUCCUGUCCUUCCUUGUGUUCUCCACAGCGAAUUCAUCCUUUGUUGACAUGAAAAACAAAAGCUCCAUAGAUGGUAAUGGGACGAGAUCAGACGGAGGAAUUUCCAUUUGGAGAGAGUCCGGGAACAUGAGAGACAAGCCCCUUCAUGGCGCUUUUGUUGCAAAACUCCUCAAUGACUUGUUUGGCAUCCAAGCUCGUGGUGGGUGCGCCUGUGCUGGACCCUAUGGUCACCAUCUUCUCCAUGUCGAUGAGUCUCAUUCACUUGCCUUCAAAUCCACCAUCCAGAAAGGUUACAAUGGAGUGAAACCAGGAUGGACACGAAUUAACUUUGCUUACCACAUGUCAAUAGAAGAGUUCGAGUUCAUUCUUGCUGCAUUGGAAUUCAUAGCCAUGUAUGGCCAGAGGUUCCUUGCACUCUACGACUUCAACUGGAAAACAGGCAAUUGGACUUUCAAGAAGAAGGCAUUCAAAGAGAUUGAGGCAAUCAAACAAUGCAGGCAAGAAUUCAAUAACUUAUUGAUCACUCGUGCUUUGCAAGCAACAAGUUUCGAAGACACUGAGGCAGUUGUUAACAACAACACCGUUGAGAUGAUCCACAAAUAUGUGUCUUACUUGGAGAUUGCUAAAAGAAUUGCUCAUUCUCUUCCAAAGUUUCCUCCUCGUAGAAAGAUUCCAAAAGAGAUUGAUCUUGACAUUGUGCAGUUCAGAGUCUAGUCUGAAU